CAAAUUUUCUCACAAUAUCACUCUCUACAUCAAACUAAAAGUUAUCUGAAAGGUGAACAACCCCUUUAAAGGCUGUUAUGGAGCUAAAACUCCCUGCUUUGUAAAAUCAUUUUUCAGUGAUUGAAAAUUCUUUUUUACAUAUGAAUUAUCACUGUACACAAGGAAAGUGACCUUUUUGUGCUCAUUAUACAGUUUUUUUCUUAUUGAAGUUUUUAAUUUUUUAAUCUAUAUGCAUUGCUGAAUCAUUAAUUAUUUGUGAUAUUAAGUGUUCUUAAUUAAUAGACCGGCCAGUCAAAAAGAUGUUUUUUUUAAGGUGUAAUUUAUUGAAAUAAAUUGUUUACAGAGAACCCAGCAUAUUAUUUUUAUUCUUGUUUAAACAUCAUUGAUUGAAGUAGGAUUGUUGCUAUUGGUUUGUCUGUCUCACUGUAUUAAUCCUAUUGGGAAUAGAUACCUGUUUGUACUUGCCCUCUCUCUGCACAACUAGCUGCAUUAUGCUUUAUUUAGAGACCCAGCCCCCAUUGCAGUCGCAUCAGUAAAGCAGCCACAGACUUUAGGAACAUUCCUUGGAUCCUGGCACCCCUGGUCCUUUAUUUAGAGAGAAUUCUGCCCCAUAGCAGUUUGUAUUGAUUCUAUAUAGGUAAAUAAUUGCACAGUACAGUAAAGGCUAUCCAGCACAUUACCCACAGCAUAAACCCCAAUAUUCACACCUGUGGUGGGGUUUUCAGUUUCAAGGUGAUGUUGGUUUUGGGAGAAUAAAUGACUCACAGAUGGGGAAAUGUUUCAGGUUUAAAGGCUUGGGGGUGACUCAAAGUGUAGGGAGGAGGUAGAGUGGGAAGAUCCCAAACUGGGAGUAAGAGAGACAACUAUUCAGAGAAAUUGAAAGUGAAACUUUCUUCUCAUCACUCAGACCAGAUUUCACUCUGAUACCUGUCCCUUUCUUUUCCAGGUACUUGUCCUACCCUGAUCGAAGACUGCUCCCUCCAACACUAUUCUUUACCCCUGCUGCUUGUUCAGCUCAGUAUUGUACCACUCUGAGCAAGAAAUAGUUAUUGAGCAAUAAUAAUUACCCCAACCUGAACUCAGUACCACCCUGUCACCCUCACUUUUAUUGGCAUCUUGGUUACCAUAAUCGCCACUCUCUUUCAUUUCCCUCAGUCUUUAUUCACAAGGCUCGCUCACCUGCUGAUUUCCAGUGUUUAACCAGUCUUGCACCUUUCCUGGGGACCCAGCCUCAGCAUGGGAGAUAAUUCUGCUUACCAGUUUCCUGUAGCCCUGGAGUGGGAUCUGGGGGCCGAGAAACUGAAAGAGCUGAAGAACAAGCUGCUUGUGUAUUUCCAGAGCAGAAACAAGUCUGAUGGAGGGGAGUGUGUGAUCAAGGACCCCGACUGCACCCAGGGAUAUAUCCUCAUCCACUUCAGCCAAGAAACAGUGCGGAAUCGAGUUCUAGGGAAAAGGACUCAUGAGCUGCCUUUGUCCAAUGGGAAGAGACUGAAGUUUGAUGUCAAACUGCCAGAUGUCACAAUUGUGGCUCUUCCCCCAGUGGCUGCCCAGCUAAUGCCUACUGGACCUGACCCAGAGGUGCCUGGACCCUCAUAUGAAAUGAAUAAUGUACUUCACGCCCCCCAGCUCCAUAGAGCCCUAAUUAAGAAUGUUAGUGACAGUUGCACACAGGAGAUGCUGAACCUUUUGGUGGAGACAGUCAGUGCCAAGUGCCAGGGGCAAGAUUUCUACAUCGAGAUGAUUCCUGAGAUUGGCUCUGCUGUGGUCACUUUCACAUGUAACAUUGAUCUCUUUAACGUCAUUGAUAAAUUCUCCGGAAGCCUAAGGGUAAAUCAGAUGAAACUCACAGUGCAGCCAAUGAUGGAAACUAAAAGUAUCCGGGCUGAGAAUCUGCCUCUUAAAACAUCUGAUAUCGACCUGGUGAUUUACUUUGAGUGCCCCAGGAAUGGAGGGGGAAGAGUGCAGGAGGUGGUGCUAAUAUCAGAAGAGGAGGCUGCGCUACUGACAUUUUAUGAUGAAGGAGUUGUACAGACGAUGUUGGGGAAGCAGCAUGCGUUUGGAAAGAAGCAGAUAUCAGUGUAUCCAUAUUAUGUGUCCCUGGGUAUAACUCUAUAUGGGGAGAAGGGGCCUUGUGUAACAUUACCCAACCCCGUGAAGGUGCAGACUAGUCCAUAUAUACUGGAAUUCAUACUGGGACAUCCACAGAUAAGAGAAGACAUAGACGAGAAGAUGGCAGCUAAGAAUUGUGAGAUCACAUGGCCAGAUUUAAACUGCUCCAAGUCCCCCAUUAAACUCUCCAUUCCUAGCUCCUUAUCAUCUUAUCUCAGGACUAUGGCAAAAAUUGUACGGACAUGGAAGAAUCAAGUUUCUACAGAAUUCUCCCUUAUUAUUUCCAGGUUCAAAGUUGCAAAGUACAAAGUAAUUCCAUCAGCUUGGGAAGCCAUCAAAGGAGAAGUCAGCAGCUCCACAUAUGAGGGAGUUUUGGUCAAACUAGACCUUGCUGAAAAGAAAGUCUUUCUUGCAGGAUGGUUGAGUGAUGUUAAUAAGACAGAGCAGACUCUCAGUAAGCUGUUGCAAAAUAUUACUAGAGAAGCUGAAAGACAGACCUUGGAGGAAGCAGAACCGAUUGACCAGGCUUUAUAUAAGCUACUGCUUGCAAAAGGAUUUGAAGAGACAGUAAUGAGAAGAUACCCACAGCUGAAUAUGUCCUACGACAAACUAAGAAAGAGCUUAAUGAUCUGUGGCUUAAGAGAAGAAAUAGAUGGCGUUAAAUAUUCAGUACAAGACAUGAAAGGAACAUUCAAACAGAAAGCAGUUGUUUUACCUUCUGUUGUUCUUAAUUUCCUGAGGCAGGCUGACAUGGAUGGGUUGUCUUGUCUCCUCAUUGAGCAUGGAAUAAGGGCAAUGUUCUACAUACACAAUAACACACUCAUACUGAUUGGAUGCUCCAUAAAGGAUCUGUCAGAGGCAGAGGAGAGGCUGAGAAGUGAGUUGCAGUGGAAAGAAGUUUUUAUUGAUCACCAGAUAACCCAGAGUCCUGAGUGGACAAAUCUCAAGGUGCAUUUGGAUCAAACCUUUAACACUGAGAGAUACACUCUUAAGGUUUAUGACUUGGCCCCAACAGGAAAACCUAGUGUGAUACUCUCUGGUCUUGCUCCCAGCAUGCAAAGUGCUUACCAACAGAUCCAUGAGUUUGUGGAGAAGAACUCUCCAUUGCAGAAGGAAAUUCAAGUCAGGUCAGAAGUAGCCAUUAAGUAUCUCAAAGAGACAGAAACACAACUUUGCUUAAAAAUGAAAAAUAUCACAGUUAAAAUUGAAAUGCAGCAACACAUGAUUUCCUUGCAAGGUCCCAGACCCUGUGUUCAGAAGGCAGAAACCCUUGUACAAACAAUGCUGUCUUCACUGCAUAUCAGAAAGCUGAUCAUUACAAAGCCAGGGGUGAAGAAGUUGUGCAAGGAAAACACAGACAUGUACAGCACUGUUGCCAUGCGCAAAUUCAGCUGUGUCAUACAUGUGCAAGAGGAUGAGGAAGAUGACCAAGAUGGGUUUACCACUGCUUUGUAUAAGGAUGACCUGACUUGUCACAAUGGUGAUAAUGAGGUUAAUGCAGCCGUAAAACUGACUACAAAGGAAGGUCUGAACAUAUCUGUACUCCAAAGGGAUAUCCAAGAUGCCACAUCAGAUGCCAUCGCUAACAGUGUGGGUUCAGCCCUUAAUCUCAGUAGGGGAAAGUCCUGCAGAGCCUUGUAUAGUCGAGCAGGCCCCAAAUUACAGGAACUUCUGAAGAAUGUGAGCCAAGGAGCCCUGGUAGUGCCAGGAUCUGUGUUCAUUACUGACGGCUGCAAACUCAACUGCCAGAAAGUUCUUCAUGCCGUGACCCCAGUGUGGGACAAUGGAGCAGGCUCUUCUGAGACGUUACUAAGGAAGAUUGUUAAAUCCUGCCUGGAGUUGUUAGAACAACAUCAGCUGAAAUCAAUAUCAUUCCCAGCCAUUGGCACAGGAAGUUUGGGGUUCCCUAAGGAUCUGGUGGCAACUGUAAUGUUCAGUGAAGUUUUCCAAUUCAGCAGUAACAACAAACCGCAGAGUCUCCAAGAAGUGGCCUUCAUUCUUCAUCCAAGUGACACCGACACUAUCAAGGCUUUUACAAGGGAAUUUACAAAACACAAUGUUCCUGGUUUAUCUCCUGUUAAACCCUGUGCAUCACCUGCACCUGCCCCAGGUUUCUAUGGGAAAGUCACAAGCUCAGCACUUGGAGUCCAUGAAAUGAAGAUUGGACCUGUCCUGUACCAAGUUAAACCCGGGGAUAUAACCAAAGAGACCAGUGAUGUCAUUGUUAACUCUUCAGAUCAAACUUUUUCAUUAAAAUUAGGGGUCUCCAGAGCUAUACUGGAAGCAGCAGGACAAAGUGUUGAGAUUGAAUGUGCACUAUUACGGGCCCAGCCUCACAAAGGGUUUAUUGUGACAAAGGGUGGAAGCCUCCAGUGCAAGUGGAUCCUCCAUGUGGUGGGACCAACUGAACCAAUGCAAAUAAAGGCCUGUGUUUUAGAGGCUCUGCAGGAGUGUGCAAGGCUGAAGGCCACAUCAGUUGCAUUUCCAGCUAUUGGCACAGGUAUGGGAGCAGUGCCACCUUCUGAUGUGGCUGAUGCUAUGUUAGAGGCUGUGGAAGACUAUGUCAGAUCCCGACCAGUCCUGUCACUUCAAGAGAUCAAAAUAAUGAUCUUCCAACAACAAAUGCUAAAUGAGUUCUAUGUCACAAUGAAACAGAAAGAGGGAAGCAACCCACCUGCUCCACAAUCACUCCCGGGCCAAAUAACCUCUCCAAUGAAAUCCCCACUGAAGGCCAAGAAAACACCUAAAAGUGUGGAUUUUGCAGGGAGUGUAGAGCCGGUCAUUUUCCAGAUUUGUGGCAAGAGCAAAGAUAAUGUGACCCAGGCCUCCAACUGGCUGAAUGAUCUCAUAUUAAAAGAGCAAUCUGAGAAUGUUAUCAGCUGGGAAUGGCCUGAGGGGUUCAGUAUCCAUGAUAAAAAUAAUCUGAAUGAUCUUGAGGCUAAACAUCAAGUCGUCAUCAAGGUAGAACCUUCAAAAUUACGCAUUUCUGGCCUCACAAGGGAUGUUCUGAAGGUAUCACUUGAGGUCCAAGCCAUGAUAGAGAAAAAAAAGGACAAGAAAACCAAAACGCAAGAAGCACAACUUUGUUUGAACCUCGUAGAGUGGAAAUACCGCAACGGAGAGAAGUUUGUGGCUUUUGACAAAAUAACUAACAUGGAUCUGGAGAAGAAUCAGGACAAUGUGCUACAAACUGUGACUGUAAAUAUUAAAGGGGAAAAAUACAAAGUUGACUUUCAAAACAAAUGUGUCUAUAACAAUCUGAGAAAGAGAAUAUGCAUCCAAAGAACUCUUAAAGGGGCCCUGCUUUUUCCUGAUUACUGGGAUGAAAUGGAGACAGUGCUGUACAAGGAGGUUACCCUGGAUCCUACUGGGAAGGAAUACAAACGGAUCAAAGCUUUGACUUCAAGAUCGUGUGCCAUUAAUAUACUGAUGAUCACACGCAUACAGAACAAGCACUUGUGGCAGAAUUACCAAAUCAGAAAGCAAAGUAUCGACGCAAAGAAUGAGAAACUGGAUACAGAGAAGCAACUGUUCCAUGGGACUCAGGAAUCGACAAUCAAGAUCAUCAAUCAGCACGGAUUCAACCGCAGCUAUGUGGGAAUGAAUGCUGCUUCAUAUGGGAAUGGGACGUAUUUUGCAGUGGAUGCCAGUUACUCUGCAGCAGAUACAUACUCCAAACCAGACAAAAAUGGGCAGAAAUAUAUGUAUUUGGCACGAGUGCUCACAGGUCUCAGCUGCCUUGGGCACCACCAAAUGAUUUCACCCCCAUCCAGGAGCACGUCAGACCCUACAGAUCUGUACGACAGUGCAACAGAUAACAUCACAGCGCCGAGAAUGUUUGUCAUAUUCAAUGAUGUGCAGGCCUAUCCAGAAUAUCUCAUCACCUUUAAAAUGUGAUGCAGUAUGGCCAGUGGCAUAACUAGAUAUUACAGGGCCCCACAGCAAAUUAUUUUUCAGCCCCCAAAAAUGUCUAGAGGUUUACUUGUUUUACCAAUGUUUAUUAAAAUCCUCAUGGGGCUCUUUUACCUCCUGGGCCCCCUGCAGCCACAGGGUCUGCUUCCUCUAUAGUUGAGUAUGGCUGCUCCCACCAGUAUGGGGAGGAUUUUAUGUCCUGAAUUACUGUUAUGAAGGCAUGGAUGGGAAUAUUUAUGACCUCCUCUGAUGUAUAAACCUGAAUGUUGUUAAUAAUGGUUAGCAGUUGAAUUGUUUGUAGGUUAUUGUGCCCUUUAACCCUUUUAUCGCUGCCCUUUAAUUCCUCAUUCCCACUAGUGUUAAUGGUUUGUAUAGAGCAAAAAGUACCUCAUUCUGCCCACUGAUUUGCUCACGUCACUUCUGUAAUCUAUGGGGUUAGACAUGCAGGAGCAAAAAUUGAAACCUUAAACUCCAGGGGCGCCAGUUUUACAUAUGAUGUAUUAGAGGCAAACUGGAAAAAUCACUACAUUUCAAAAUGUAAAUACUGUUUCCCUGUGUUCCACCCCAGCGUUAAUUUAUCCUCUCACUGUGGGCCCUUCUGCUGAUUUUAUGACAGUGACAGGGACAAUGUGGGGCAAUAUUUCAUGGAAUAUUUUAAUCUGAAGUUCACCUUCACAAAGAACAUUCCAAAUCACAUGACUGUAGGGUGUAAUGUGUCAUAUGUAAUAUGUCAGGGCUUUGGCUGCCAUGUGUAGUUCUGCUUCACAUCAGCUUCCCAUAGAGCUGCAGUUACAGGGGAACUCCGUCCAAACACAAUUUAAGCUUUUUGAAAAGUAAACAUAGUUUCAACCACUGUGUAAUAUACAUUGAUUAAGAGAUUUGCAGCCUGUUCAUGAUUUUUAAUGUAAUAAUAUGGUUUGUUACCUAAGCUUAGCCCCCUGCAUCGUUUCUGGGCUGCUGCCCUCUGAAGCAGCAGCAAUGAGGCCAUCCCCCUAUUCCACUCCACACUCAAAACUUUAGCGACAGAGCAGGUUAAAGGGGGGCUGCAUCACUAAUGCAGAGAGUGCUUUUUUUUUUUUCUUUAUUGAAAGGCAGAGUUUGUGCUUUCUUCACCCUUAAGUGCACAGUGCUAAAGUACAAAGUGCUGGGUGCCCUGAGUCAUACCCAAAAGCAUGGGCUCCAAUACUCGAAAGCCCCAGGCCAAAGAGCUGAAAGUGUCAGGAAUCUUUUAGCUCUACCCUUUUCAAAUCACAAUUUGCCAGGAGUAGAAUUAAAGAGAUUCUCAUACAGUACUCUGUGGUUACUUUGAAAGAAUAGCAAAGUUUUGCAAAAUCAUGGGGGUUUCGUCACACAUCAACUCCUACGCCUCAUGGUUCGGGAGAAUCCCUUUGUCCCCGGUUUCCACCGAAGCUUCUUCCAGGUUACCAAAAGCCUGGGGCAGAGACCAAAAGAUCCAUGUAAAGUGAAACACAUAUAAAAAACAUAAAUAAAAAGUGCAAUAAAAAGAAGUGCAAUAAAAAGUGCUCAAAGUGCAGUGGUAUGACUUCGGCUGGCGGGCAAAUUAAAACAUUUUCUUGCUAGCCAAAAUGCCGGAGCAAAGAAUAAAAGCAAACUUAAAGCUUUAAAAAAUGCUUUGUGCAAUGUGUGUGACCCCAUUGUGAGUCUGGCACCUCCCAUAGGGGGCACAAUACCUUAGGCUUUCGUAGUGUCGAGGGCCCUGGCCAGAGGAUCAAGUGUUUAUCCGUCGAACCAGAAGAGGCUUUUACAUCCCAACUGAUAAGAACAGAUACUACACUUGAUCUUAGCCAAAAAGCCGAGAAGCUCACCACACUAGCAGAACCAAAUU